ACGUUUCUGUUGCGCGAUUGUGAAACUAAGAAUAUUUUGGUUUUGACCUUCACUUACCUACGUCUCGUUUUCUGGUGAAUCCCGAGUUGUGUGCCAGACACGACCCUGCGACCGGGGCCUCGUCGCUGCUGUUUUCUGCGGAAUCUUGGCGGCGUCUUCCGAACGAACCACAUUUGCACCUUGACACCAACGCCAUGGAGAUGCUACCCGAUGACGUGCUACUGAUGGUGCUGGAGGAGCUUUAUGAGGAGGCGGACAUCUUCGCCUGCCGCCUCGUGUGCAAGAGGCUGGCCGCUCUGGCUCUGCACCCAGCAGUGUGGCGGAACUUUUACCUGAGCUGCUUUGAAACUCACUGCGUGUGCCCGGUGCUGCGCCUGGCGCCGUGCCUCGCCGACAUGUACAUCAAGCUUCCUGCAAAUGGGUGUCACCAGUGGGCAUUCGCCUCGACCAGGUGCGCUGUGAAGAGUUUGUGGAUUUUCGUGGACGGAUCAUCCAACGCCGCGCACGCUGCAGCGAUCAUCUGCAAGCAGGAGAUAAACGGGCGGCUUACUGACGUACAUAUUGAAAUCAGGUCGGAGGCUGUGGCUGAGGUAACCAUGCUACUAGGCAUGUUGGCGUCGACAUCUCGCCUAGAGAUGCUUCGCGUCGAGGCGUACCUCCCAGAACACCUGCUGUCAACCACAACCGCUCCCAUGGUCACCGCCGCAGUCGCAUCGUCACUCAGGGACUUCACAUGCCGACUUUCCGCGUUUACCGAGCCGUUCGUGAAUUUCAUCCUGUCCGAGCACGCCGCCACCCUCGAGGUGGUUGACCUCGACCCCUCCCCAUCCAGCUGGAUGUUCACCUCGACUGCACCGCUGCUGGUCGGCGCGACGAACCUCAGCAAGCUGACCUGCUGCUGUCUGCCCGGGAUGGAGGCCCUGACAGCCUGCAAGUCCCUCAAGGUCCUCGAGCUCACCGUCUACACCGAGAGUCUGAACCGGCCCGUCGUCGCGGGGGUUGCCACGCUCCUCCGGGGCGCCGAGCAACUGCGUGAAGUGAGCCUGCAGUACGAGCCCGCGGUGCGCAGAGUCACAGACGUCGGCGCUGAACUAGUUCUCGCUCUGGCCUCUGGACGGUCCCGCGUGGAGACUGUGAUCAUCCAAAAUUAUGCUUCUGAUUGUGGCGCAAAUUCCCUCCUGUACCGGCCGGUGGUCAGCGCGCUCCCGUCGCUGCCAGCGCUGCGGCACCUGAGUUUAAUCGAGUUCCUAGAUAAUCCAGACCAAAUUCUGUUGGCCAUCAGCCCCGACGUGGCACCUGCGCUGCAACAAGUCGAGGUAAACCUGCGAGAGGGCUGCGCUCACUCCUGGAUCCAUGGGGACACGGUGAAGUCUGUUUUGACUGUCAAUCCCUCACUCCAUAUACACUUAUGGGCCUCGAACAGUGGCUUUUGCGAAGCCGCACAUUGCCAAUCAUGCCAACUGGACUGCCAUGCUGAACUGAGGGCCGUUGGUUGGUUCUUUCAUUGGUUGUUUUCUCAUCCCCCUACGUAUAAAUGUCCAGUAAAACACACCGUACGUUUCGAGCACUGGGUCCAUUUACCCCUAUGAACUGUGUUUGAGUAUAUCCGUUUUUUUUCCUUUUCAUCUUUCUUUGCUGUAGCCAAGUUCUGGGUUUUGUAUAAUAACUUACAAUUGCUUUUACUUAUUAAAGGUCGAUUUCCUCUAACACAGUUGCUUUUAUCGCCUUCCUCAUAAACACACGCGUGCCCAUCACACCACCAGCUAGA